GAUUCAUCGUCUUAUUACUCUACAAUGGCAGCAUGUUUAAGGGGUACUGUUUUUGUCAUGAUUCUGAUGGGUAUCGGUUUCUUCUACAAGGUGACUGUGAAUUAUCAAAAAGGCUAUUCCAUUAUGUCUUUUACCUUCACAAACAAUGGAACGUCACAGAAGGAGGAAGCAAACAAUAAAACAAAGAGCAAUCUAACACCAGAAGAAAUUCUUCGCAAUGGAAAUGGGAUUAUUUUUAUAGAGACCACUGAUAGGAUGCAGCCCCCACACUUAGUUUUGUGUGCAGUAGAGUCUGCAGCUCGGAUCUACCCCAACAGACCAAUUGCUUUCUUUAUGAAGGGUUUACCUGAUAUAAAUUCAGUAGAAGAUGAAGACAAGGCCAAAAAGAGAUUCCCAACCCUUUCAUCUCAUGAUAAUAUCUACCUUUUCCCUCUGAGACUGGAGGAAGUAUUUGCUAAUACCCCACUUCUACCCUGGUACAAAAAGAUAAAUCCCCAUAAUGAGGUUUACUGGACACAUGUGAGCUCAGAUGGCAGCAGGCUGGCACUGAUAUGGAAACAUGGUGGCAUUUAUAUGGACACUGACAUUAUCUCAAUACGACCCAUCCCACUAACAAACUUCCUGGCUGCUGAGGACAACCUUUAUUCCAGCAAUGGGAUUUUUGGAUGUCUCCCACGUCAUACCUUUACCUGGAAAAGCAUGGAAGACUUUGUUCAGAAUUAUAAAGGAGCUGUUUGGGGAUAUCAAGGCCCAGCCCUCUUCACUCGAAUUCUUAAAAGGUUUUUUUGUGAUAAAACUGGAUUUAAGUCUAAAGAAGAUAUUAUGUGUGGGAAUAUCACCUUCACAAAUCCUGAACGCUUCUAUCCCAUACCAGGUCCAACUUGGAUGAGGUAUUUUGAAGUGUGGGAUAAGUAUCCAACAUUUAAUAGCUCCUAUGGUUUGCAUUUCUUUAAUUUUGCCAAUAAAGGGGCAUACACUAUGGUCCCUGGAAGUAAAACAUUGGCGGAGCACCUUUAUCAACAGUACUGUCCCUCUACCUAUGGAGCUGUUUUAAGAAAAGAUCAUACUUAUCAGUAGGGGCAGAUUUAGCAAAAUGUGAGUUUAUAUCUUAAUACAUAAAAACUCACCCAUGUUCUAUUCAUUCCU